AUGUCAAAAGGAAAGGCAAAUCCAAGAAGAAAGCCAGGGGAAAGACCAACCAUAAUCAACAUGCCACCGGAUCCUGACGCCCCUAUUCAGGCAAUUGAACUGUCAAGUGGUUCUCCUAGCGCCACUCAAUCACAAUACCCAGAAUCUCCCUCCCAAGCGUUCCCCAACUCCAUUAUUGUGAACGGGGCGUAUUGUUUGGUUACUGGUAUCAAGGCCCAGCUGGGGACGGCAGCAGACAUCCUGUUUAUGCAUGUCCUAGGGAAAGGGAGUUUACUGUCAAGCAACAUGGAAGGAUUGAACCGGUCCGCUCGACGAUUUUGA